UAUAUUAAUAUAUUCUAUGUUUUUAGAACAUAGUAUUAAUUCUGCUUAAAUUAUUUUUAAGCCUAAUAAAUAAAAAAUAAUUGAAUAAUAUGAGUGAAUACCUUAAUAUGAUUAAUAUAAUAAUAAUAAUAAUACAUUUGAAAAGCACUUGAAAUACAAAAUACACUUAUUUAUUAAAUAUAAUAAUUACUACUUUUAAGUCCUUUAUUCAAUUAUUACGAUAAUAAAACUAGAUACAAAUAUUAUUCAAUGUGUUUUAAUUCAUUUAUUCUGUUGACAGAUGAAGGUGGAGGGACUCCAGGAGGACGGCGGGGGUGGCGGUACCGGCGGGGCGGCGUGCAGCUCGGCCGAGCGCUGCGUGGCCCGGCUGCUCCGCGCCGUGGACGGCGAGCGGCAGGACGGCCGGGAGAAGGGCGACCCGACGGAGAGAGAGCUGCUCGUCUCCCUGGAGGACGAACCGCUGUGGACCAAGUUCCACCGCAUCACCAACGAGAUGAUCGUCACCAAGAACGGACGCCGCAUGUUCCCGGUGCUGAAGGUCAGCGUGUCCGGCCUCGACCCCGGCGCCAUGUACUCCUUCCUGUUGGACUUCGUGCCGGCCGACGGCUGCCGCUGGAAGUUCGUGAAUGGGGAGUGGGUGGCGGCGGGACGGGCGGAGGGCGGCGGAGAGGGGCGGGGCCACGGAGAGGGGCGGGGCUACGGCGGCAUCUACAUCCACCCCGACUCGCCAAACUUUGGAGCUCACUGGAUGAAGGCGGCCGUGACCUUCAACAAGGUCAAACUCACCAACAAGGUCAACACGGGAGAACAGGUGGUGCUGGCCUCGCUCCAUAAGUACGAGCCCCAGCUGCACAUCGUGGGCGUCGGCGCUCGCCAUCGCCUCGUCUCCAACGUUUCCUUCAAGCAGACGCAGUUCAUCGCCGUCACGGCCUACCAGAACGAGGAGAUCACGGCUCUGAAGAUCAAGCACAACCCGUUUGCGAAGGCUUUCCUGGACGCUAAAGAAAGGAACCCGGGGCUUCGGGUCCCUGAGGCCUCAGAGAGUCGUGUCGGGAUUCAACCCUGCUGGUCGCUGUGCCCGGCCGGAGGGGGCGGAGUCUUCCCGUACGCUGGUGGCCUCCCACUGACGUCUCACCAUCACCACGGUUACAAGCACCACGGUUACCCGGGCCGACACACACCGUACGCCCCCCCCUGCCUGCAGCACCACGCACACCCCUCAGACGGGUGGAGCUCCUCCUCCUCUUCCUCCUCCACCAGCGCUGCUUCCUUACAGCCUCCUCCUCCUCACAACUCCAGUCAGUAUCCCUGUCUGUGGACGGUUGGAUGCAGUGAGCUAAGCCCCUCCCACUCACCCUGCACAGCUCUACAUGGACCAAUCAGCAGCGAGAGCCUCAUGCAGACACCCAGUCACGGUCGAGUGGGCGUGGCCGGAUGGCCACCUGACUCUACCCACUCUUCUGAGGGCUGAUGUGAUUGGCCAAAUGGUGCCCAGUGAUUACUGCUGAGUACCAGAGUUUACUGAAGCCUUUCACGGACACUCGGUCACGCUCAGUGUUGAGCUUUUGUUUUGAAGGGCAACAGCAAAAAGCCACUCUCAGUUCCUGCUCCUUGUUGUGAUGAUCUGUAUUAUUACAGUUAUCUUUACCAGUAAUGGGGAGAUAAACUUACUGUGCAUUGUUGUUGUUGUUGUUGCAUCUGUGUAUAUUUAUAUAUGUGCGGUCCAUCAGCGGUGCUUGAAGUAUUCAUAUACCUGUUGCUUGUUCUCUUUUCUCAACUUCAAAGUAAUGAAUAAAUUAAAAGGAUCAUUUAUUUAUAAUCGACA